GAACUGUUUUUGCGACACUGCAGCACUGCAUUGUGAAAAGAUCCGAUUUAUUUUAAUUAUUUGUAGUAGUUUUACCAAAAAAAUUUCUUAUUGGUGUGCACUAGUGUGUAACUCCGGUGCGAUUGUAAUGAUUACCGGACUUUUUAACAUUUUGAUUUUUUCGGUUUUAUACACAAUCGGUUACGAAUCAGGAACAUCUAACAUAACCUCAAAAACUCUAACGUGAAAAAUGUGCAACAAAAGUGCAAAAAACGUUAAAGAAGAGGAAAUGGACUCAGAUUCGGACGAUUCCGAUGUUAGCAUGUCGGAUUCUGAUGAAAACGGGCAAGAAAUUGAGUCUUCGGAUGAUGAAAACGAGGAGUCGGAAGAGGAGGAAGACGAGGUGAUAAAAGCGAUUCGGAGCGCUGCGGAGAAGAAACGUGACCACCCCCCUGUUAUCCACUGCGAGGACUUCAUAACGGACAUUUCGUUUCACCCCCAUGAAGACUUACUAGCCGUUGCGAGUAUCGUCGGCGAUGUUAUUUUCUACAAGUACUCAAACGAGGAAAAUUCGAUUGUUCGCACUUUGGAAGUGCACACGAAAGCUUGUCGAGAUAUCGAGUUUAGCGAAGACGGCAAGAGUUUAUUUUCCGCUGCUAAAGAUAAGACAGUUAUGAUAAGUGAUGUCGAGAGUGGGAAAUUGUCUCGGUUUUACGACAAGGCCCACGAAGCGCCUAUUUAUUGUCUUUUGGUGGUCGAUGAGAAUUUGUUUGCGACUGGGGACGACGAGGGAUGCGUGAAAUUGUGGGAUUUGAGGCAAAAUUCCCCAAAUCCGGUCUAUAGAACGAAGAAAAACGAGGAUUAUAUCAGCGAUUUGGUGACGAAUGAGGCUAAAAGUCUUCUACUGUGUUCAAGCGGCGAUGGUUCGCUUACAACAAUCGAUUUGAACAAUCGCAAGAUUCACAUGCAGUCUGAAGAAUACGACGAGGAACUCACUUGCUUGGGGCUUUUCCGGUCGGAGAGUAAACUAUUGGCGGGGUCCUCCAAAGGCCGACUAUUUUUGUACAAUUGGAACGAAUUCGGGUUACAUAGCGAUAUUUUUCCAGGGACUAAGUCUGCAAUCAAUGAUUUAGUUCCAAUCACGGAAAAUAUUGUUGUGACUGCGUGCGAAGACGGGGUUUUAAGAGCGACGCAUUUGUUUCCUCAUAGACAUCUAGGAAUUGUGGGACAACACGACUUAUCCGUCGAAAAACUAGAUAUUUGUAACAAUGGACAGUUUAUUGCCUCCAGUAGUCACAAUAAUGACAUUAAGUUUUGGAACAUCAAGUAUUUCGAAGAUUUUGAAAAAGUCAGUCAUAAACAUAGAAAACAUGAAAAGAAGAAGGAAAUGCAAAAUAAUUUACCAUCCUCCAAGGUUCAAAACGCCGCGGAUUUCUUCAGCGGCUUGUGUUGAAAAUUAUUUGUGAAAAACUAAAGAAGUGAAAUAAAACCAUUGAACUUUUAUUAAUCUACCGGGUGAUUGUAUUUGAUUGGGAUUUUUAACUCAAGUUGGCAAAUAAAAUCUAAUUGACAACAUU